AAAAAAAACCAGCAGUGCACUUUUACUUGAGAACUACGCGGCAUAUCAGGCGACCUAUGCUGAAGCCUGAAUAGACAUUUUGACGGCCAGCCUUUUGGAUGCCGGGAACCGGAUAUAGCCCCCACGUCGCCAUAGGCGGCAUACAAGGCGAGGCUGUACGGCGGGCUGAGCUGUAGGCUUGAGGAGAGAGACAUGCAAGAAAACAGGCUUUGCUUUCAAAAUAUCAGUGAAUCUCCCAUCCGUCAAAAACUACUUCCAAAUAAUAACUUUUGCACAUGCAUACCUUACCACCGUAGCCUGUUCUCAAUUAUUCGAAGCAAGAGCACUGUUGAAACAUUUGCGCGAGAAAGAAGAGGAACAAAAGGACAAAACAAAGCUCGUUGAUGAUGCCACAACAGAUACCUUGGGUGAUAUAAUCACAGCUGAAACGGUCAGUUUCGACACUUCGAUUGUUGCAGACAUCCAGUUUCCAGGCAGGAGCUACCAAGACCCCGUUUCAAGCUUACCAGCCGUGUUCCCAUGGCACAACCCGACACCAUGUGAAAAGUGCGAUGAGAAGAUGAUGACUACAAGAAAGGACACUGGCAGUACAGCAGAUGCUCACUCCGAAGACCAAGCAUAUAUAACCGACCAUGUGAGUCUGAAAUGUGCAUUUGAUACAUAAACCUCCUCGGAUGUUACACCAUUGUUGAUAGCUAGGCUGACACCAAAUGUAGUGUGUUUUCGAUAUGCAAUAUGCCUUCUUCGUAACGAUGGGUGGGCUCACAGCGAGGCAUCAAGAAAGCGACAUAGAUGAAGGGCACAAAAUGCGCACAUGUAUCAUCUCUGUCCAUCUUGCAAAGGAGGUAGCAGAUCAAGAUGUCAAAGCACUGAUGCUGCCAAGGUCCUUCAAAAUGCAUCAGAGCAAGGCGGACUUCUUCAAGAAAUCGCUGGUUGUUAUCCAAGUUAGUUGGGUGAUUAUUGAGUGUGCUGCGCGCAAGGUAUAUGGCUUACCACUCAGUCUGUUGGAGCUGCGCAUUAUGGUACAUGUGGUUUGUGCAAUUUUGAUGUAUGCCUUUUGGUUUAAUAAACCCCUUGACCCCCAAGGCUCCUACGAAGUCAAAGACCGAAACGCCAUGAGAACUAUCCACAAAGUGGCCAAAGAACAGACUCACUUUUCUAUAGAAACCAUGGCAAUAUUCUCAACUUUCAGCACAAACUCGUACCCAAAGACCCCUUCGACUUCCUCCUCGAAGCCCUGGCCUAUGUCUAUCGUCACAAGUUAG